AUGAAGCCGGUCGUCGUCGACAUUCGCUCGACCGCCUUCAUUGUCGGACUCUUCCUGCCUACAACGGCAUCACUCGCGUUCCAAGCGCGACGAACGUGGACGACUCCGUUCGGGUCAUAG